AUGGCGAAUUCCUUCUCCAAGACUGUCGUUACCUCUUUGUUGUUGGCGGCCGCUACUGGCCAGGCCGCGGUGUUGGCUCCUGCCAAUGAUAUUGUGUUCCCUUCUAGCAAGACCGCUCAGAAUCCGUUGCAGUUUGCCGGUGGCAAUGCUCCGUACUUUGCUGGACCCAAUGUCAACGGCGUUGAGAACACCGUGCCUGACAAAUGCACUGUCCAACAGGCUGCCUAUGUUGUGAGACACGGAAGCCGAUUCCCCGAUACUGGAUCUUACAACUCGUGGGUUGGCAUCAAGGACAAGAUCCAAAUCGCUGUCAACGGCAAAGACUUCGAUGCCCGUGACUCUUUGUCUUUCAUCAAGGACUGGAGCCCUGUCUUGACCAACCCAACCCUGCAAAUUGCACAGGAGUCUAUGACCGGAUGGAAGGAGGCUACUGACCUCGGAUACCAACUCCGCGCCCGCUACCCCGACUUCUACGAGGAUGGUAACCCCUUCUACGUCUGGGCCAAUCAGUAUGCAAGCCCGAUCAACAAAUCUCGCGUCGUUCAAACCGCCCGUGCCUUUGUCAAUGGCUACUUGUAUGAAUUCGCCGACACCUACGGCACAGUGGUCAGUGUGAACUCCACCGGCUCUGUCAAUGCCAUCGGUAACUCGCUCGGCCCCUCUGACGCGUGCCCGAAAUUCGGUGCCACCUCGAGCGGAGGCAACAAUGUCACUGAUUUUGAUGCCACCUGGGCCCCCAAGGCUCUUAAGCGUCUCAACUCGCUGGUCAGCGGUAACCUGACCUUCACCCAGACGGACAUCCUCUUCUUCCCCUACAUGUGCGCAUAUGAGAGCCAGAUCACCGGCCAUCUGAGUGAUUGGUGUGGCGUGUUCACCGAGGAUGAGCUGCGCAACUAUGCUUACUCCCAGGACCUGAGUUAUUACUAUAGCGUCGGACCAGGUGCAGAUGGUCCAGCUCCCAAGCUGUUCCUGCCUUUCCUCGAGAGCCUCCUGACCCUCCUGAGCAAAGGUCCCGGUCAGACUGGUACUGCUGCGGAUGGUAGUCGCUUCGACAUCCCCAACCUGAUCAUGGCUUUCCUGAACGACAACCAGAUCGCCGAGAUGACCUCUGCCAUGGGUAUCUUCGAUAACGAGGCUCCCUUGCCCGAUAACCACGUCCCCGCGAACCACCUGUACAACGUUGCCCAUUUCAUCACCUUGCGCGGCACUGUGGCCUUUGAGACUCUGAACUGUGCAGUCAGCUCCGGACAUCAUUCGACCAACGAGACCUAUAUUCGGGUCUUGUUCAACGAUGCGGUUUACCCGAUUGCCAACUGCCACAAUGGCCCCGGCAAGAGCUGUCUGUUGUCGGACUACCUGGCACUCAUCCAGAAGAAGAGCAAGGCCGCUGGUAACUGGAUUGACUACUGUAACGUGACUGCAUCUGGCCAUCCCAAGACUGUGGCGGGAGCCAGUUUCUUCAGUGACCUGUCACUCGACUUUUUGACCUUUGUCAAGCCCUGA